AUGAUCGCCGUUGAAAAUCAGUCGAGUUUGCGUGCCGGCUCCAGCCUGGGGCAGGUCGAGGAGGCAGCGAGCGACGGAAGUGUGGGUGGCGGCAGCGAGGCUGGUGGUGGAGCCGGCCCAACCACCAGCUCGGUGCCAGGUGUAAUGAACAAGGAGGGGCAGGAGGGAGAGGUGAAGAACGAGAACUGUGGAAAGGAAUCAACCGGUUCAGUAACUACACCUAGCGGCGUAGUAGGGGCGGCGGUGUCGACGGCGCCCGCGGAGGCUUCGACGAUGCCUGGUGGAGGCGCUCGAGGCAGCGACGAGGAGGAGGAGCAGGAGGAGGAGGAGGAGGACGUGGAAGUGGAGGGUGGAACGGCGCAGGAGGCGGUCGGUGGCGGUGUUGUGGCGAGCGAUGGUGGGGGUGGAGGCGGCAUGGCCGGCUUUUGGAGGCAGAGCAGACCCUCCAGUCCCCGCAUGCCGCCUCCGGAGCAGCCGGAGCUAACCAGGCCUAAGAGCCGACACGAGCCGGCUCCCGCGAGAUACAACAACCUCGGUUAUUGGAGAGCCAGGAGAGUCACGUUCUAUAAAAAUGGCGACCCAUAUUUUCCUGGUAUCGAGUUCAGGUUCAAACCGGGAAGGGACAUCGGCUCCUUGGAGGCGUUGCUGGACAGGCUGUCCCUGCGGAUGGAUCUGCCGAGAGGGGCGCGACACAUCUUCUCCAUGGACGGUGACAGGAAGCUCACCCUGGACGAGCUCGAGGACGGCGCCUCGUACGUCGUAUCCAGCUACAAAACGUUCAAGGUGAGCGAGAGAGUGGUUUCUAUUUAUAAAUAUCGAUAA